AGUUGCUGCAUCCUAUAUAUCAUUCUGCAGAGAAACCUGAAUGUCCUGAUGAUUGACUGGGCGACAGGGACUAAGGAGGAUUACGACCAAGCUGCCUCCAAUACCCAGACAGUCGGGGCGUACGUGUACCAAGUUCUGAAACAAAACAGAAUUCCCCUAGAAAAGGUUCAUAUUAUUGGGCAAGGUCUUGGAGCACAUGCCGCUGCACAGGUUGGAAGACUGUCGAGUGGGACAAUUGGCCGUAUAACAGGUCUCGAUCCAUCCAGUCCUUUGUUUGAAAAUUCCGAGUAUGGAAUUAACAAAGAAUCUGCUCAGUUUGUGGACAUUAUUCACACGGAUGCCCGACAAAACGGUUAUGGGAUGCAAAAGGCUUGCGGUGAUGUUGAUAUUUAUGCAAAUGGAGGGAGACGUCAACCAGGAUGUACUUAUAACCCGAAGGAACCCGUCAGGAUCCAGGAUCUGAAGUAUGCAACGUUUGAAAAAGCUUGUGGACACUUGAAGGCCAUUGGAUACUACGUGGAGUCUAUUUCUGACAACUGCAAGCUGAGAGCCUGUGAGUGUACCUUCCAGAAAUUCCUUCAGUCGAAAUGUAGCUGGACUAAGUGUGUUUUCUGGGGUUUCAACGCCACGAAGAAUGUCACGGGACAAUAUUACGGGGUGACCGCCACCUCUUUCCCGUACUGUAGAGUUAACGGAACUGAAUAAAUGUGUUCCUGUGACAAUAAAA